AUGUUAAUGUGGCUGAAAUGGCGUGAAAAUGAGGGAUCAUCACACUCCUGGAUGCUGGGAUUAACUUUCAGGACAUCUCUUGUGCCAAAGUGGGGAGUUUGGAACCGAGAGAGGAGGAGGAGAGAGCGGCUUCUGCAGGAGUGGCACCCACACAGCGGAGCGGAUGAUGGAUUAUCAACAAAGGUAAGGGCACCAUGUUUAUAAUAUGCCGUAGAUCCAGUCUGCAGCGCUGUUUGUGGCUGGACUGUGAGUGUAGGCCUGCUGUUUGGAUUAUAGAAGGAGAAGAUCAUCAGUCUGUAAGAAAUGGAAAUGAUCCAGAGUCUCUUUUUUCAUCCUGAGUCUCUGAGAAAAUCACAAGCAGUUACAGUUUGUCUGUUUUAACCCGUGAGUUGCUGCAGCGCCUUCAAAAGAGGAACAUUCAGAGGGUUUAAAGUGUGUAAAUAAUCCGGAAUAAUCCGAGUUUGAGGCCUACAGGAGCAGGAGGAGGAGGAGGAUAAUGAUGUUAUAUAAUCAGGGAGACUGCAGGCCAGACAGGCUGAUGAUGGUGAUGAUGGUGAUGAUGAUGAUGGACAUACAGGGCCGAGGCUCAAACUGAAACAGAAUUUGACUCUUUAAUCCAUCUAACUUAAAUUCAUUUGAUUUAAAUUCUUUGAUUUGUUGUAAAAAUCUCGACAAAAACACGUUUUUGUUUCAUUUCGCGCGGUGACGCCUCCUCCUCGAGCUGUUUCGCCUCAAAUAUUUUAAAUUUUACGCAUUUAUUUCCUCUCUUUUCCUCUUAUUUCUGAUCCUUUAAAUUAAACUGAUGUUAAAAUAUCUGUUUGGAUAUUUAGUCAUAUUUCUGAUUCACCCUCCGUCUUUGUUUUCCACCUGCUGUUUUCUGCUGCAGUGGUGUGGAGUGCUCGUAUUGUGUAAAUGUGUGUGUUUCUCGGUCAGAGUCAGAGGCUGUUUGUGUCCAGAUGUAGCAGAUGUAGAUGCGGCCUGCUGCAGACUCUGAUCACAGCUGUUUAUCUCUCAUUCAUUAGAGACAAAAUGAAGAUUUUUUAAAUUUUAAUCCAAAUAUAAACUGAUUUUUCAAACUUAACGCACAAACACUGAGGCCUAAACGUGUUUUACGCGCUGAAUGUGAAGAAAGAAAACCAAAAAAAAUCCUCAAAUCUGGUUAAUUUUCAUUGGAGAUAUUUAUUUUUUAUUUAUACUAAAUUUAAAAAGACGAAAAUAAACAAAAAAUUUCAAAAAGAGAUCCCAAAUUUAUCCUCCGAGGGAUUAUUGAAGCACUUUAGAUUAUGAAUAUGAAAAUAAACGUCUCAUUUCGUUUAAAUUAUUCCUCUUUAACCUGUAAAGUGACUUUUCAGAGAGGAAAAUUUGACUGAAAAUGAGCGAAAGAAUUUAUUUGUGAAAUUUUACGAGUUAUGAAAAAUAAUCCUGAGAUAAUCCGAGGAUUAUCACACAGGAAAAUCCAAAAAUAUCCAUAAAAUCACUGCUGGAAAUGUGCUUUAACAGAUUAAAAAUUAAUGAUCAUGAUUGAAAAAUCAAAUGAUCUGAUUCUGGGCCGAUCAAAUGAUGUUGUUUUCUGCCAAUAGUGACAAAUAUCGAUCUGUUUACAAACUCUUGACCCAGUCCUCCUCUUCUUCUCCUUCAUACUCACAGACUUUAUUUUUGUUUAAUGGUUAGUUUAGUUUCCAUUGAUCUCAAGACGCUGAAGAUGAUGAUGAUGAUGAUGAUGGUGAUCUGAUUAGAAGCGCGUGUGAACCCUCCUUCUCUCUGCACGUCCUCGUGAGCCUCUCUCGCACCUUUAGAGAGAGAAAGAGAGACAUGAUGAGGGUUAGAGACUCUCUCCUCCUGUCUGUUUCUGAUCACUCUGGUUCCUCUCAGAUGUUUUAGUUUCUCAGUGUGUGGAGGAGAAGAAGGUUGGAGGCAGAGGAGGAGUGUGUGUGUGUGUGUGUGUGUGUGUGUGUGUGUGUGUGAGUGUGUGCGCUUGUGUUUCUGCGUAAUGGAGAUGAUGCGCAAAGUGUUUUUUUGCAUGUUUUUUUCCUUCUGUGUUGCAUGCUGAGGGUGAUUUUGCGCACACAGGAGAGAGGGGGACUUGGUGCACAUUACGCAGCUGCACAAGUCCGUCUUUGUGCUCCUUGAAUGCAACUUAAAGUUCUCACACAAACAUAUAAUGUAUAUAUAUUUAUAUAUUUUUGUCGAUGAGUGUGGAGGUGUGUGUGCGUAAAAACCCGGACAGACUCGAGCGCUUCAUUUCGAUUCACCGGGGACCCCUGCGCGCAACAAGAGCCCCCCAUGGGUGCAAUAGUGCAAACACAGGCUGCGGUGAUUGGCCAGAGGUUGAUCAGAUGGUACACUUCCCCUCUGUAUUCAGUGGCACCUCGCAACCCCCCCUUUCAGCAAAAACCAAAUCUCGGAUAAAGUAAUGGCAAAACCACUUGGACUAUAAAAGACAACAAAUCAUAUUCCUCCGGAGUAUAUACACCCCGUUGUCCACCCAAUGAGUUCCUAUUUUGUUAACUCAACUUUUCCCGUGUCUCUACCGGGAGGACAGGACUCUCUCCUGGGUCAGAUACCGCUCUAUUCCUCGGGAUACACCGAUCCGUUAAGACACUACUCCAACGCGGCCACAUAUGGAGCCGCCAACAUGCAGGACAAGGUUUACCCCGCGUCCUACUACCAGCAGACGGGCGCAGCAGCCGCGGCCAUCUACGGCCGAGCCGGCGGAGGAGCGCCCUGCGACUACAACCCGGUCGGGACUUUCUACAAGGACGCGGAGGGCUCGUGCGCUUUCUCGAGCCGCGAGGAGCAGCCGCUGUUCGUCACUCAGGAGCAUCAGCAGCGCAAAGCGGAGUGCGCGGAGCAAACUGUCAGCAUGAGCAGCAGCCUCGACGACAAGUCCUCGACUCUCAUCUACCCGUGGAUGCAGAGGAUGAACGCCUGCUCCGCCGGUGAGUAAACCCACACAACCACACACCACACACCACUGUACGCUUUCUCUCUCUGUGUAUUAUUGUCACGCAUGCAGCCUGGAGGGUAAAAACAGUCCCGCGCCGCGUGAUGGAGUGAGCGUCCCGAGCCGCGCAGAGUUUACCUGACAGCUCCCCACAGACUGAUCCGAACUUUACGCGCAGAAACGUGAAAUAAUCCGAGAGUUGGAGAGUUUGAGAUUAUCGUUAAUGGAUCUUUGUGCGCCUUUAGGGCUUCCACUGCUCCUGAUUCAUCAUACAUACAUACAUACACGACCCGCACGCGCACUCACACGCACGCACACACAUGCAGACUUGGCCUACAUCAUCCAAGAUCCAACUUAAAGCCUCACCAACUCUUAGAAACAGGCCUUUAUGAGGCUGAAAAGCUACUUUUAAUCAUCCAAAAACGCACCAAAUCCUUCAAAAUAAACACAAAUAUAUCUGAAUUUAAUUAUUCAUCUUUACUCUAUUUAUUUUACACAUUUUACAUCCUGACUGUACAUCUUUACUGUAACGAGAACAAUACAGAGAUACAGAGAGAGAUACAUCAUGAGGCCACUUUUACGCACAACAUUUCAGCCUCUUUCUUACAGUAGCCUCCAUUAAUCACCUCAUUUAGGACUUUUUUACAAACAAAAUUAAUCCAAAGCUUAAAAUAAACUCACUUUAAUGCGCAACAUGGAUAAAAUAAACAGACAUAGUUGAAAAAUGUUGAGAAACUAUUUUAAGAUUUCUUUAAAAAGAAUAAAACCUAAAGUGUGCCAAGGUGAGGCGUUUACGCACUGUGGGAAGAUGCAGAUAAGAAAAGAAAUUAACUGGAUAUUUUUAAAAAAGAUCAGUCAGAUAGUGUUUAAUAUUUAUACACAUAAUAUUGUCUUUUUUAAAAUGUUGUUUUGUUGUAAACAGCAGAUCUGUUAACGUGUUAUGGUAUUUUUCAGACACACGCCUUCAGAUUUGCAGUGUACUGUCAGGUAGAUCUUCUCAGGCACUUUGGAAAUCACUUCAUUUGACUCCUGAAUUAUUCAUCCCUGAGAUUUAAAUCAUUAUUAUUUUUUUCUUUCAGGACCAUUUGGCAACAGUGGCCGCAGGGGCCGACAGACCUACACCCGCUACCAGACCCUGGAGCUGGAGAAGGAGUUCCACUUUAACCGCUACCUGACCAGGAGGCGCCGGAUAGAGAUCUCCCACGCGCUGUGCCUCACCGAGAGACAGAUCAAAAUCUGGUUCCAGAACCGCAGGAUGAAGUGGAAAAAGGAGAACAAACUCCUGAACCCCUCAAAGACAGCGGAGGAGGAGGAGGAGGAGCAGGCGGAGAAAAAGAGCUAA